GUCACCAACUCCCACUUGCUUGCCAACAAGAGAGGAGAAUGUGGGGGGUUUUGGGCUGCUUCUCGUAUGUAUCUUUCUUUAGACGCUUAUCAUUGCCCCCUGUUUCUCGUCUUCUCACUCUCAUCCACUAUUAAUUUCCCUUCGAUUAGUCCAUUCAGACCUCCUCUGGUUCAGUACGUUUAUCUACUUUUGGCUGCUUUGACAUUUGAGCCCCGCUUGAGGACUUUCUCUGCAGCUAAAGCCCACGAGCUGCUCUCCGUCUUUUAAUGCUAAAAGACCCUCCAUUGCCCAAAAGCUAGCAGAUUUGGGGAGAGCCAAUCCCUUCAUGGAGAAGACACACUGGUCAAAACUCAAAAGGGGCCUCUUUUGUUAGCUGAUUUUGGGAGUAUUUCUUUUUUGUUUUCUCUCUCAUGUUCAGACUUCCAGGCCUCUGUUAUCGCUUCACAGCAAGCCAUCAUUUGGGUACUGGUAGCUACCGUGAUUUGUUGAAAUUCGGGAAGACGAAGUUGGAGGCUUUGUGCUUGAAGAAAGGCUUCUGAGGAGGACCCGUUUUGCUAUCUGAACCGCCAUUUAUCCCUAAAAAAUCUCAUCUGGGUACUCUUUUGCUUGCUCAGAGAGUGUCAUGAUGAGUUUCGAAGGUUGUGGCAGUAACAAAGGGUCUGGCAUAGGAGUAACUUCUGCACACAAGCGCUCUAAGAGCUUCCCCGAUAAGAGAGGACUUGAAGAAGGUAACUUGGAUCGAAUCAUCAAAACUCUACAACAACCAAAGUUGGAUAUGCGGCACUUUAAAGACUUUCUCAAGACAAAGGAGCAAUCACCUAGCUCUGAAGUCGAGAACUCUUUGAGGCAAGAGAUUCUACAACUUGAGAAGAGACUGCAAGACCAAGUUGUUGUUCGCCACGCUUUAGAGAAAGCACUGGGUUAUAGUUCUUCCUCUCAUGAUAUAACAAAAGAAAUCUCAGUGCCUAAGCCAGCAACAGAAUUGAUUAAAGAGAUUGCAGUAUUGGAGGUAGAAGUUGUCCAUUUGGAGCAGUAUCUUCUCUCGUUGUAUCGAAUAGCAUUUGGCCAACAAGUUUCCACCUUAUCUCCACCUAAAAAGGAUGGAAGAGCACAAUUGGCCUUGCCCACCCUGCGAAGAAGGCAUCUAGAAGUUUCUAGAUCUGACAUUAUGACAAGGAGGGAAAAUACAAUCGAUCAGGCUAGUAGUCUAUCGCUUCCCAAACAAUGGAAUGAAUCCAGUAAUAUAGGAGAAGGGAGGCUAGUAGAUUCCAGCGUUCACCGGUGUCACUCAUCACUAUCACAACGUUCUGGUAUGUCAACUAGAACGUCUCCUCCUCCAGCCGAGUCUUUGGGUAGAGCUGUCCGUGCUUGUCAUUCACAACCUUUGUCUAUGAUGGAGUUUGCGCAGAAUGCUUCUUCAAAUGUGAUCAGCCUGGCAGAGCAUCUUGGUACCCGCAUUUCCGAUCAUGUUCCAGAAACACCUAACAAGCUUUCUGAAGAUAUGAUCAAGUGUAUGUCAGCUAUAUACUGCAAGCUUGCAGACCCACCUUUGACAAAUCCUGGUCUCUCAUCUCCCAAUUCAUCUAUAUCGUCAAUGAGUGCAUUUUCACCAAAAGACCAAUGUGAUACGUGGAGUCUGGGUUUUAGGAAAGAUUCAUCUUUCGAUGUACGGUUAGAUAACCCCUUCCAUGUGGAAGGACUAAAGGAGUUUAGUGGACCUUACAGCACAAUGGUUGAAGUGCCAUGUAUAUACAGAGAGAGUCAGAAAUUGGGUGAUAUUGAGGACAUGCUACAAAAUUUCAGGUCACUAAUUUACCGUUUAGAAGAAGUGGAUCCCGGGAAAAUGCUACAUGAAGAGAAGAUAGCGUUCUGGAUAAACAUACACAAUGCAUUGGUGAUGCAUGCAUUUUUGGCUUAUGGGAUUCCGCAAAACAAUGUAAAAAGAGUCUUUCUACUCUUGAAAGCUGCUUAUAAUAUUGGAGGUCACAUAGUAAGCGCAGAUAUGAUACAAAAUUCUAUUCUUGGAUGCCGCAUGUCUCGUCCAGGACAGUGGCUUCGCUUGUUACUCUCUUCCAGAGCAAAGUUUAAGAGUGGAGAUGAACGGCAAGCAUAUGCAAUUGAACAUCCUGAGCCCCUUUUACACUUUGCACUGUGUUCAGGGAGCCAUUCCGAUCCUGCGGUCCGCGUGUACACGCCCAAGAGAGUAUUUCAAGAGCUGGAAGUUGCAAAAGAAGAGUACAUUCGUGCCACCUUCGGCAUAAGGAAGGACCAGAAAAUUCUUCUACCAAAGAUCGUGGAGUCGUUUGCCAAGGAUUCCGGGCUGUGUCCGGUUGGUGUGAUAGAGAUGAUCCAGCAGUGUUUGCCCGAAUCGGCGAGGAAGAGCAUCAAGAAAUCUCAGGCUGCAAGGUCCCGCAAGAGCAUUGAAUGGGUUCCUCACAAUUUUGCUUUCCGGUAUCUCAUAUCUAAAGAACUGAUGAAGUGAUUUUGCUGCCACUGGUGAAUAUUCCACACUGAAUUCUUCAGUACUAGAUUCUUGUUACUCUAGGAGAGAGUGGCAGUGGCAAUGCAUCUUAUAUUUGUACAGAUGAUUCGAUUAGAGAGCGUGAAAUCUGAAGGGUAUAUAUAUACACUGUAUUUUGUGUUAAUCAUCAAAAUUUCCAUUUUGCUCAGUUUUCUUAAUGUAAA